AUGACAGCUGUCUCGCGGUUUAUUCUAAUGAGACUGGUAUCCGAUAAUAUAACCAAUCGGCUCCUGGGUACUGGAGAGUCUCCACAGAGAAGGGCCGCCACAGCACUCCGCUAUACGCACAAUUUCGUCCUUGUGGUGACAGGAUUUACUCAUUCUCUAAUUCUAGUUGUCGUUCUGUGCUACGCUGUCAUUCAGUCCUACUCUCCCUCAACUGUCGAUCAGCUACAUCCUCUUCUCGUUUUCCAGCUGAUCUCGCCAUUCUCAAAUGAGAAAUUGGAAGCAUUUGAGCGUGGCAUACUCAGCCUUCUACAGUACGAUACCUACUUUGCCGGCGCCAGCUUGCUCACCUGGGCAUUGUAUAUGUAUAGCUGCGCGAAGCCGGAUACGACAUUUGCGGCGCUGGUUGGGAAAGCCUCGAUCUUCACGGUAUUAUUUGGACGGUGCGGCGCUGCUCUGGCUGUUAUGAAAGAGAGGGAUGAUACUAUUUUUGCGGAUUUUACAGAGAGUCAUACCUCCAAAGAAACUGAACUGAAGGUUGGCGGGGGAGCUGGCGUCUCUUUUCACAGCAGCCACUCAUGGCAAGCUAUUUUAUGUGUUGUAGGAGCAGUUUGA